AUGCUGCUUGGCAACGCCUCCGGUUCUGCUCCAUUGUCAUUCCCAGCGGUGCGGCUGGUCAAUGGGCGCACCCAGUGCCAGGGGCGCGUGGAGAUCCUCUACAACGGCUCCUGGGGCACGGUGUGUGACGACGACUGGGACCUAGUAGACGCCAACGUGGUGUGCCGCCAGCUGGGCUGCGGCCAUGCCCUCGCCAUGCCAGCUACCCUGACCUUUGGCCACGGGAGGGGGCCCAUCUUCCUGGACAACGUGGACUGCCAAGGCGGGGAGGUGGCCCUGAGCGAGUGCGGGAGCCGCGGCUGGGGAAUCCACAACUGUUACCACUAUGAGGAUGUGGCUGUCAUGUGUAACGAGCUCUCCCCCACCCGGGCAAGCAAAGGACCUGUGAGCAGAACCACCACAGCCAUGCUGCUGACCGGGAAGCGCGACGGCAGCAUCCGGCUGGUGAGCGGCGCCGACCCCUGCCGGGGCCGGGUGGAGAUAUUCUACCGAGGGACCUGGGGCACGGUGUGCGACGACGACUGGGGCAUGAGCGACGCCAGCGUGGUGUGCAGGCAGGCGGGCUGCGGCCCCGCAGUGGCCCACAAGAGCAACGCCUACUUCGGCUAUGGCACGGGGCACAUCCUGCUGGACAACGUGAACUGCGAGGGCAGCGAGCCCCGCCUCGCGGCCUGCUACAGCCUGGGCUGGGGGAUCCACAACUGCGGGCACCACGAGGACGCGGGGGUCAUCUGCACAGGGCUGCGGAUUUCAACGGUGGCACCAUUCACCACCUCGGCUGGCCAGGACUACGGAGAGUCAUUCACCGACACUGCCACAGCCACGGAUGCCGGAGAUCAGCCCUCGCCGGAGACCGAAGUGAUCACAGCAGCCCUUCUGGCUGCAGGCAAGAACAGUGCCAGCAUCAGGCUGGCGAACGGGAACAGCAGCUGCCAGGGCCGGGUGGAGGUUCUGUACCGCGGCGCCUGGGGCACGGUGUGUGACGACGACUGGGAUUUCACCAACGCCCAGGUGGUCUGCCGGCAGAUGGGCUGCGGGGUGGCAGUUGCGGCCACCGUCCUGGGGUAUUUUGGUUACGGCACUGGGCUGAUCCUUCUGGACAAUGUGGACUGCGCCGGCCGGGAGGCUGACCUGGCGAAUUGCUUCCAUCUGGGCUGGGGGCAGCACAACUGCGGGCACCAUGAGGACGCCGGCGUCAUCUGCAGAGGUGUGGACGAGUCCGAAGACCAUUUCACAGAAGAUGCUUUUGCCACCACGACCUCGGCCACAACUCGUCCCAAGGACGGAUCCCUGCGCCUGGUGAACGGCAGCCACCGCUGCGAGGGCCGCCUGGAGAUGUUCUACCUGUCCCAGUGGGGGACCGUGUGCGACGACGCCUGGGACCUCAGGGACGUCGCGGUGGUGUGCCGGCAGCUGGGCUGCGGGGCCGCCCGGGCUGCCUGGGGGGAGGCGCGCUACGGCCCAGGCACCGGCUACAUCUUCCUCGACAACCUCAAGUGCAAAGGCGACGAGCCCUCCCUGCUGCACUGCUCCCACAUCCGCUGGAACGUGCAUAACUGCGACCACUCGGAAGACGCCGGCGCCCUCUGCGGGCUGCUAUGACCGGCUCUGUGCCCGCGGCCGCCCAGAGACGCCCGGACUGACGCUGGCUCAAACUGCGGAGAAUUCCAGAUGCCAGCGGCACGUGGCGUGGUGUGGGCUGGCUUGCUGGUGCGCCCACGGCACCGAUGUCUGUGGGAGAUGAACCCCCACGUGGCCUAUACAUCGCUGUAUAUAGCACGUCUGUAAUGGGCAUCGAAGCCCUAUUCUCGCUGCCAGGCCCCUCCCCACCCUCCGUGGAGAUUUCUCUAGGGGCACUGGCAAAUGCCUACUUGAACAUUAUCCACGAUGCACAGAGCAGAGCUCCAGCCGCUCAUGGGCAUCUUUGCAAACUCUCUGGCAGGGUAAGUUUUUGUCCCAAGAAAAACCCCAGAACGGAAGAAAAGCAAGAAGGAACACCGCUGCCUCGCAGAGUCUCUCUGGGAGAAACGGCAGAGACAUACGUACCCAAGAAGCAGAGCCCAUGGAGAAGGCAGAGAACUUUGGUGCCAAUCUAGCAUUGCUAGACUCUGUGGAGAGUCACGGGGAGCUGGACUGGGCUAUUCUGCAGAGUCCCUGGAGCUCAGAUACUAGCUGUGUCCAGGUGGCCAGCUCUCAUCCAGCCCACGGUGAUAGUGACCAAAGGUCACGUUUUCAUAUGUGCCUGUGUCCCCUUUUCAGAAGUGACGUAGAACCAGAUCCUCAGAUGAAUUUAGGUGCCUAAUUCCCAUUGGUUUCAGUGGAUUUAGGAGCCUAAACACGGUUGAGGAUCUGGGCCCUAGUUUAUUUAGGCACUUAAAGAUGUAGUUCUCAAUGACAAUUAGGCGGGCAGGUGCUUUAGAAAAUCAUAGAAUCUCAGGGGUGGAAGGGACCUCAGGAGGCCAUCUAGUCCAACCCCCUUCUCAGAGCAGGACCAAUCCCCCAUUUUUGCCCCAGAUCCCUAAAGGGCCCCCUCAAGGAUCGAAUUCACAAUCCCGGGUUUAGCAGGCCAAUGCUCAAACCACUGAGGUAUGCCUCCCGCCAAAAAUCUUGCUAAAUGCUUCUGCAUCUUAAAAUCUGGCCCGAAAUCCCAUGAAAAGCCAAUGGAGCUAAGUUCCUAAGUCAUUUUUGAAAACGGACUUGGCCUUGUAAGUCCCAUAGGAGCCUCUGAAAAUCUUGGCCCGCAUCCUGUUGGAAUUGGAUGGUGGCUGGCGGAUCUACGGGAGAUGUGUGUGGCAGCCGGUCUCAGUCCAGGUCCCUGUGGCCACGUGUUCCCAUCAGAAUGACCCACCACCCUGCAAUGGCCCUCAGAACUGAUCCACGGGCAAAGCUCCUGACCUGCUUAUCAAAAGGGUGUUUGUGAAACUGCCCCUGGAUGAUCCAUUUGCAGGCCCAUGUGCAUUAGAAAUCUAGGCCCCGCUCCAGAAUCCGAUCCAUUCGGGUUUCCUGCAUAGAGCCCCCGGAAGUCAGUGGGACUCUCUGUGCCCAGCACAGACCUGACUGCUGAAUUGGCUCCUGGGGAUUGGUGAAUAAAAACGUGGAGCUGAACCGGUGCGUUUCUUGGACCCACUUGGGUGGCUCCACCUGUCAGCCAAGACGCCCGUGUAGCCCCAUUCGGUCUUGGGUAUUUCGCAAGGAAGCUCUGUUUGCAUUCUCGGAUCCUGGCGAAGAAUCCUGGAACCCUGCUGGGAUCCUCGAAGUUUGUCAUUAACCCUUUGUCAUUUCCCCAGCUGGGAGACAGAGAAAUACUAUUUUUUGGCAGACAGAAAGGGAGGAGCUUGCUUAAUUACGACGCGGGCAAUCCCGGGCCUUUCAAUUCUCGGUAUAAUUCCUUUGUUAAUAACUGAGUGUGCAUGUUCUGGGUUUUUUCUCUUUUCUUAUACAUUUUUUGGGUGAAUAAAUAAAAGCCCUUUGGAAGUGUGCUG